CACAUUUGGUGGACUUGGAAUUUCUGUGGACGCUCGGAAACCCAUAAAGAAAAGAAAAGAAAAGAAAUCCCCAUGAGCGACGCUAGGAUCGAAUGCCGGAAAAGCUACCGUCGCUGAUCAUCGUGGAAAUGUGAGUUAGCUUGUCUCGCCCUGUUAUCUCACUGUCUUGUUUGGAAAGCACAACAUAUAGCUUUCUUGAUCGAAUUCGAAAUUUAACACAGUAGCCACUAGUUAACUUUGUAUUAGAUAGACAACCUCUAUUGUCUUGUUACACUGGGUCUCGUUCAACUUCUGAUUUCUACCCUCAGAACCCUUCUCUGUGGUAAGCUCUCUGUUCUCAGCAAGUUGUGAUCUUGAUUGUUGUUUCUCUCAAAUUUCAUUUCUGUUACAACCAAACUUGGAGAGUGAAUAAUCAAAACAAUGGAGGACAAUUCUUGUGCCGAUGACCUCAAGAACCAUGUAAUGAAGGUUUUCGAGGAGGCCACCAAAGGUUUUCAGGGGUUUACUCCUGUCAACUAUCUUUAUCGCUUUGAAGAACGCCACCUCACAUAAGCAGUUAAGGCAAUCAGGUUGUACAGUGAUCUCAUCGACAAGGAUUUGCGAAAGGUCUUCUGCAAGUGGCGCAUCCGUGGCCUCAAGAAAGAGGCAUUGAGGAUGUUCCAUGCUUUGGUAGAUGAUGGAGAUGUAGACGAGGUCAAGGAGAUUGUUAGGCCCACCCUUAAUUGAGACAGGCGUAGAAUCCAUGGUUGCAAUAUACACCUCCAUUAUUAAGGCCCACCUCAAUGCUGGGAAGACCAAGGGAGCUCUCGAGGCCUACCGUGGCAUGUUAGCUGCUGGGGUUGCCCCCAACUCUUACACUUACACUGUUUUAAUCAAGGGACUCACUACUGACCCCAACUUUUUUGAAGAUGCCAAGAAGUGCUUGCUUGAGAUGAUGGACAAGGGGAAGCGGCCCAAUGUUGCUACUUAUACUGCGGUGAUAGAGGCCUUUGCAAGGCAGGAGGACAAGGCAGCUGAGGAGGAGGGCAAAGACUUGGUGUGGGUGAUGAUGAGUAAGGGGUUUGUGCCUAAUGCAAAAGCAAUGAGGGAGGUUCUAAAAGAAUGUACGGCCAACAAAUGUAAUAAGAAGGGUCAUGAAUAUUGUACUUUCCAAGUUGAAAGGCUGAUGUUGUGCUUAAUCAGUGUUACGCCAGCAGCUUCAGGAUUAGGAGGUUUGAUAUAUGCGAGAGCUAGUGAGGAUAGAAAAUCAUAGUAGGAUAGGGUUUCAAUCUGGGAUUUAUAAUUGUGAUUGUUGACCUUCAAGUAGUCUGUUGUGCUAAUUCAUGUAGGUCUGUGUUUCUUUUAUCCUGGUGUUCUGCAUUCAUAUUUUUCUUUGUAGCCACUAUAUUAUCUGCUUUUGACUUGUUGUAUAUGAAGAAAAUGAAUUCAAAUACCAGUUUCUUUACUUGCUAGCAAAACCAUAGUUUUUUGGUGUCCUGCUUUUGUGGAUUCUGAAAUCCUUGCAGUUGGUAUAUUUAAUUCUUGGUGCAUUCUUCUCUUCUCCUGAAAUUUAACGAACUUGUCUUCUGUUGAUUAAUUUAUAAAAUUCUUACACUUGAUUGAUUUGGACAAUAAUCGUUAUUAACUGCUUCAAUUUGUGCAUGACGAUUGGGCAAGGUACAUACAGCAGUGUUGAGACAAAAACAAAAAAGCGAUGAGGCUGCAAGGAGACUACAGGAUGAAAUUCAGAGAAUAAAGACUCAAAAGGUUCAAUUGCAACACAAGAUCAAACAGGAGUCUGAGCAGUUUAGAUUAUGGAAAGCAUCACGAGAACAAGAAGUUCUUCAGCGUAAGAAAGAGGGAAGGAGGAACGAGUAUGAGAUGCAUAAGCUGUUAGCUUUAAACCAGAGGCAAAAAAUGGUUUUGCAACGAAAGACAGAAGAAGCUAAUACGGCCACAAAAAAGUUAAAGGAGCUUUUAGAAUCCAGAAAGACUUCUUCACUUGAAACUUCUGGUCAUAAUGCUCAUGGUAUUCAGGCUCUGAUGCAGGCAAUCGAACUUGAGCUUGAAGUCACAGUUAAGAUUAAUGAAGUAAGAUCUGAGUAUGAGCGGCAAAUUGAAGAGCGUGCUAUGAUGGCCAAGGAAAGAACCAAGCUAAUAGAAGAACAACGUAAUUUAAGUGAUUCCUCGGAAAUAAUGUCUCCUGGUGCAAGAAAUUCAAGGAUUUUUGCACUUGAAAACAUGCUUGCUACUUCUUCUAGCACCAUGUUAUCUAUGGCAUCACAAUUGUCAGAAGCAGAAGAGCGCGAGCGGGGUUUCAAUGGCAGGGGGCGUUGGAAUCAAGUUCGGUCUCUUACAGAUGCCAAAAUUUUGAUGAAUCAUCUGUUCAACUUAGCUUCUUCCUCCAGUUAAUGGAU